AUGGAUCCCCAUUCUACCGUGCUACAACAUCCUUACUACAUAUACCUUCGAGACGAGUCCCAAUUAACUCAAGUCCAUCACGCAUUGCAAAUUGAUGAAAGCAAGAACAAGGUCUCGUUAACUGGAAACACACUUUCUGGCGAACACAAGAUUGCAAAGCAUCCGGUGAUUUUUUCCAUGGUGGAACAUUUGGAGAACUCCAAUGAAUUAAAUGAGAAUAAGCUGACUGCCAUUUUUCACUUAGGUUCGGAAGUGUGUGGGCAUCCAGGAAUUGUCCACGGAGGAAUGCUGGCAACGCUUCUGGAUGAAAAUUUGUGUCGCUGUGCAUUUCCUUUGUUUAGUGGUAAGAUAGGGGUUACUGCGUCAUUGAAGAUCGAUUACCGAAGUCCAACACUGGCUAAUAGUUUUGUGGUUCUAAAGGCGUGGACAACGUCCAAGAGCGGUCGCAAGGUACACGUCAAAGGUAUCAUAGAAACGCUGUCUAUGAAUUCGGAUGCCCCUAAGCUGCUUGCAGAGGCCGAGAUGCUUGUCAUUGAGCCACGGUGGGCCGAUAAAUUAUCCUGA